AUGGCGGCGCCCGUGUCGGUCUGUCACAUCGCCUGCUGCGCCAACCGGGCGGGCGGCGGCGUCGUGGCCUGGGGCCGGGGCGGCCUCCUCGCCUUCGGCAGCUGCCACGACGUCAUCCUCUACGACCCGGCGGUGAGGCGAGCGGUCGCCGCCCUCCGCGGCCACGCCGGCAGGGUGAACUGCGUGCGCUGGGUCCGCCGGCGGGACCGCGCUGCUGAAACAGAGUUAAUUUCUGGUGGAUCUGAUAAACAACUUAUUCUUUGGGAAUGGAAAGACACAGUAGCAUGGAAUAAUCAGGCUGUGAAAAGCAUUCCUCUCAAAGGGCACACAGAAGCUGUUUUUGCUGUGGAUGCUGUCUGCCAGUCAGAUGAACCUGAUUUAAAUGUGCUAAUAGCUUCUGCAGCCUCUGACUCUACUGUGAGAAUCUGGUCUCGGCACGGUUCAGAAGCUAAAUGCAUUGAAAUUCUGCAGUUUGGAAAUGGAUUUGUUAUGGAUGUCUGCUUAUCCUUCUUGCCUGGCAGUGAUGUACCAAUACUGGCUUGUGGUGGUGAUGACUGCAAAAUAAGUUUGUUCAUACAGCAGAAUGGUCAGUUUCAGAAAACGUUAAUACUCCCUGGCCAUGAAGAUUGGAUAAGAGGCGUUGAGUGGGCAGUCUGUGGUGAAGACCUUUUCUUAGCAAGCUGUGCUCAGGACUGUUUGAUAAGAAUUUGGAAAGUAUGUACAAAGUUAAAGCAACUUCCAGAAACUGAAGAUGAUUCCAUAAAACUGAAAGAGAAUAUUUUUACUGUUAAAGAUGCUGACACAUCAUAUGCAGUUUCUUUGGAGUCUGUGUUGGCUGGUCAUGAAAACUGGGUGUAUGCAGUUCACUGGCAACCUUCAUUUUCAAAAGAUGGCAGCAUGCAACAACCAAUGAGGAUAUUAUCUGCAUCAAUGGACAAAACCGUGAUCAUCUGGGAACCUGAUAAAGAAUCUGGAGUCUGGCUAGAACAGGCAAGUGUCAGUGAAGUGGGUGGCAAUACUCUUGGAUUUUUAGACUGCCAGUUUAGUCCAGAUGGUUCAAUGAUCAUCGCUCAUGCUUUCCAUGGAGCACUACACCUUUGGAAACAGGAUACAGUUAAUAAGAAAGAAUGGACUCCAGAAGUUGUGAUUUCAGGACAUUUUAACAGUGUAGAAGAUGUGAAGUGGGAUCCAGAAGGAGAGUUUGUCAUCAGUGUGGGCUUUGAUCAAACUACAAGGCUCUUUGCUCCAUGGAAAAGGAAGGAAGAAACAGAGGUGACGUGGCAUGAAAUUGCCAGGCCUCAAGUGCACGGGUACGACCUGCGCUGCCUGGCGAUGAUCGGCCGCUUUGAGUUCGUGUCAGGAGCAGAUGAAAAAGUGCUUCGGGUUUUCCGUGCUCCCAAGAACUUUAUAGAAAACUUCAGUAACAUCACUGGGAUCCCAAUGGAGAAGCUCUGCUCCCGUUCAUCUGAUCUCCCAGAAGGUGCAACUGUGCCAGCUUUGGGAUUAUCCAAUAAAGCUGUUUUUGAAGGAGAUAUGGCUAUUCAACCAGAUGAGGAUGAAGAAUCAUUUAAUACCAUUUCAAAUCAGUAUCCAGAGAUUUAUUUUCAACCCUUGAUCCUUACAGAACCUCCACCAGAGGAUCACUUGCUGCAGAAUACCUUAUGGCCUGAAAUUCAGAAGUUAUACGGACAUGGAUAUGAAAUUUUUUGUGUUGCUUGCAAUAAUUCAAACACUCUAAUUGCCUCAGCGUGUAAGGCUUCCAAAAAAGAACAUGCAGCAAUUAUUUUGUGGAGCACUACUUCUUGGAAGAAACUGCAGACUUUGUCUUUUCACAAUCUGACUGUUACUCAGCUGGCAUUUUCUCCUGAUGACAGCUUUUUACUGGCUGUUUCUAGAGACAGGAAUUGGUCACUGUGGAGGAAACAGGAUUCUUCAGAGUCAGGACCAGUCUUCACUUGCUGUGCAUACACAGAUAAAAAUACAGCUGUUCACAGUCGAAUCAUUUGGUCCUGUGAUUGGACACCAGACAGCAAGUAUUUUAUCACUGGCAGUCGGGACAAAAAGGUCCUUAUCUGGGGCCAGUGUGAUUUGCCAGUGAUUACUGAAGGGAAUGAGCUGGAUGCAAUCAAGCCUUGUUCAACAGUGCUGGAUGCUGGGGAUUCUGUGACUGCUGUUGGUAUCAGCCGUGUGCUUACUCCUGAUGGAAGAUACAUUGUUGCAGUAGGCCUAGAGAAUGGGAAGAUUAUCUUGUACACAUGGAAGCAAAGUGGGAAGGAACCAGCACUGGCUGACUGGACCACAGGUGUUGAGAUAGAUAACAGCCAAAGCCAUGCUCUUGCUGUGAAGCGCUUGUGCUGGAGACAUCACGCAGGCAGAGCUGGACAUAAUGAUGAGAGCAGCAGCAAGUGGUUGCAGCUUGCAAGUUGUGGAGCUGAUCACUGUGUUAAAAUAUUCAAUGUCAACAGAUUUGCUCUUUAGCAAAGACAGCAGGCCUGUUUGUGCCAAACAGAUUCACAGCAUUUUAUUUCAACUUUUAGCCACUUUGAUAAUUGAAUUUUCUAUUUUCUGCUGUGGAAAGUAAAAUAUCUUACAUGUAACUUAUUAAAGCAGCUUUAGUGGAA